AGUUGCUGGGAUACCUAAUCAUUAUCCCGCCCCUUUUCCCAGAUACUUGUUUUGAUUGGUUGUGAUUUGCUUGCCGUCAACCCGCGAUGUCACUCAGCGACGAAUUGAAACUAAAACAAUACCAAAGGAUGAUACAUAAAGUAGUUUUGUCUCAAUUCAAUUCCGUUGACGCAAAACAGUUGCAAAAAAUAUAAUGUAUCGAACUCAGACGUACACAAAGAGAGCGUGAUUUUUUGAUACUUCUAGCUGAAUUCCCUCAAGAUGGAUCAAGAAAUGGAAUCUCAAAAAAGUGACCUCGUUGCUGAUGGUUCAGAAGACAAGGGUAUAACAGUGAUGCAACACAAAGACAGCGAGCUUCCUGAUAAUUCCGCCAUGCCUGAACUGGUACAAUCAAUGGAGAAUUCCCAAGAGGACAUGUCUUCUCAGCAUUUCAUGGACUUUGGGGCCACGAGUGGACGAGAUGAUCCCGGCCUCACCCUGGCUAAAGAAGGAACAGCUGAGAUGCAAUAUCACAAUGGACAGAAAUCAAGCAAGAGGCCCAACUCGCAAGGACCCCAACCGGUUGAAACAGCCUCUGCUUCAAAUCAGAGGCCCAUCCUCCAUCUCAGUUGUAGCCCUACCAAUGUGCUGGAUGCACCUGAUGAUAAUGUGGUGAUGCUGAGCCCUGAAAGCCCUGUCUGUAAACAACUCCCUGCAGACGGCGCCACUCCGGACAGGGAACCCAGGUUUCCCGAUCUAGCAGCAAACACAGACCAUUCAGGGAUUCCAGAAAUGGAAUCCCGGCCACCUGUCAAGGGCUUAGAUUCCGGAUUUCUCCCUCAGAACACAGCCCAGGUGGUUGCCACGGUUGCAUCCAAGGAUGCUGUAAAAACUGCACGCGUUGGCUCUUCUCAUACGAAACAUGACACUGGACGGCACACAGGAACAACUUUAAAAGGCUCUGCGUUCUCACAGGACGACAUGGACAGGCGUUGGCUGGGGACCCCCAUCGAAGAGCUGAACCGAAUGCCCCAGUGUGCUCCUCCUUUGUCCCACCUGAAGCACACGGCCAGCCACACAGUCACAGUCAGGACAGACCUCCUGAGAGAGGGAGAGGUCCCCCAGCACUACCCGUCUAAGUUCAAGGACGCAUGGGACGACGUGUCCGUCAAGAUGCCCUGCUCCGAGAAGAACCUCUUCUCCGUGGAGACGGAGGGUGGAGGCGGUGGUGUACAGAGCCGAUGGGGGCUGAUCCAGACUGCCCUGACGGGCGAGUUCAAGAGUUCCUUGGACAUCACGGAUGCGAUACUGAGGUACAACAUGACCCACGCCAAGAAGUGGGACUUCACGACCCUGAACCUUCUAUGUACAGAGGUUCUGGAGCGCAGCGAGGCCAAGGAGCUGUUUGAAGUGCUCCUGCCUGGCAUGGUGAAGCUGGCCCUCAGCGCCCCAAAAAUAUGCACAUCGCCCAUCCCCCUGCUGAAGGCCAGGCAGAACCACUCCCUGACUCUGUCCCAGGAGCAGAUCUCCUGUCUCCUGGCCAACGCCUUCUUCUGCACCUUCCCCAAACGCAACUCCCGCAACUCCAACUACCCCGAAAUCAACUUCCACAGAUUGUUCGAAGGCUACUCGUUCAGGAAGAUCGAGAAGUUAAAAACGCUGUUGUGCUACUUCAGGAGAGUCACACAGACAAGGCCCAAAGGUCUCGUGACGUUCACCAGACAGUGUUUGAGCAACCCUCCGAACUGGGAAAGCUCUAAGACCCUGAUGACCCGACUGCACAUCACGUGUGAGGGGACGAUCGAGGAACACGGAUACGGGAUGCUACAGGUGGAUUUUGCCAACAGGUGUGUGGGUGGGGGGGUGACAGGCCAUGGGCUGGUCCAGGAGGAGAUCAGGUUCAUCAUCAACCCGGAGCUCAUAGCCUCCCGCCUCUUCACAGAGGCCUUGGAGAGCAACGAGUGCCUCAUCAUCACAGGUACUGAGCAAUAUAGUAAAUAUACGGGCUACUCAGAUACCUACAAGUGGAAGGAGAAUCACAAGGAUGAGACGCCCAGGGAUGACUGGCAGAGGAGGUGCACGGAGAUCGUGGCCCUGGACGCCAUCAAGUACCGGAACUUCCUGGAGCAGUUCCAGCCCGAGAAGAUGAGCCGAGAGCUCAACAAGGCAUACUGCGGGUUCUUCCGGCCCGGCGCCAACCGCAAGCAACUCUCCGCGGUGGCCACCGGAAACUGGGGCUGUGGCGCGUUUGGCGGGGACACACGACUUAAAGCCCUGAUCCAGCUGAUGGCGGCAGCAGAGGCCGGGAGAGACAUGGCCUACUUCACCUUCAGAGAUGCUCAGCUGAUGAGAGACGUGCACGAGAUGCACACGUUCCUCACAGAAAGACAGACCACCGUCGGGAGGCUAUACAGCCUGCUGAACCACUACUCCAUGGCCGUGUGCAACAACUGUCGCAAGGCCCCUCCCGACCUCUCUCUCUACGACUUCAUCCACGAGAGGCUGUCGCCCAGGACGCCUGUCCCUGCCGCCGCCAGCCCCGCAAAGGAUGCUGGGACGUCCCCGGGCGGCGCGUCCCGCCUCUGAGCGCCCGCCCAGUCCUGACGUACGCCACAACAGUGUUUUAUAGGAAUCUUUGGUUCAACCACACGUUAACUCUACUCCUAUCCCUUUGAGGAGAAAAGGAAAUGCUGCUAUGAAGUAGUUUUUUUUGACCGUUUUGAAACAAUGAAGUGUAUCAGGAGUCAAUUUCAAACAGGAAAAUAUCCUGGAAUUGUAUUCUUAUUCUCAUAACAUCUUUGUUGCAUAAUGGCAACCCAUGUGGAUAGUGAUUGCAAAACUAGUAUCCCUGUCUCAUUUUAGCCUUCACACUGUGCUGCUUAUUAUAAUAUUAAGUAGAUUGCAAAUAUUUAAUUUUCGAAAUAUUCAAUCAUGUUUGCUGACGUUGAGAUUCAUCCCACAUGUACUUGAUUGUAUCAUAAAUGGCUAUCCGUAAAGGGAUGGGAGUAGAUAUGAUAAAUUAACAAACAAAUUAUGUUAUUUCUUUGGACGGUGUUUCCUUAACAAAGAAAAAUCUGGUUCAGAUCGUUUCAAGUAUGUGCUGCCUCACCACAAACUCUCUUUCUCUCUCUCUCUCUCUCUCUCUCUUUGCCUCCCUGAUGUCACUCAGCCUAGAACCGAAACCUACCAAACAGUUUGCCUUUCCGCUCGUCGCUAGUCGUACUAUCGGGACCUCGUAGUCAACAAACGCCCGGUGAGCUUAUGUGACACAGGCCCGUCUUGGCAAUAGUAAAUCCCGGUUGCUGUCAACCCCUUCUUGUUAGCCUAGCCAUGACACGUGGUGGAUCUAUGAUUUUGUUACUCUCAGAAGGUUAGGGUUGGGAGUGGGGUCCAUACGGUCAUCAUAUGCAUGAAUAUCGGGAUCGGGGCAUCGUCAGUGUUACCUUCUAGGGAAUGAUGGUACCCAAUCAUGACGGAGGAGAAAGCCUGAGAGCCGUACUCUAAAUCAAUCUAUGCAUGGUUUACGCUCCCUUUAUUUCUGUCUAUAUAUACUGCCAUAUUCAAUCAUGCUCAUCGUGAUGUGAUGCACUUCAAUGUUUUAUACAAAUGUUAUCAAAAUUGCGAGGGAGGUUCAAUUGGGUUCAAGUUAACUAUCAUCUGUUGCAUUACAUAUCAGCCUUACCAUGCUAACUCCAAAUGGGUUUAUUCACUGACAGCUCACGGUGCAUCAUUAUUCAUCAUUAUUAGCCAGCGCAAUAACUGUGCACGCUAGAAACACAUGAUUAAAAUAUUACUUUUACUCUACAUGUGCUUCAAUUAGGGUCUGUUGAUGUUCACAUGAUGUUUGAUUGACAAUAUCAUACUAUUUAAUGGAUAGAUUGAAUGGUGUAAUUGUAUUGCAUUGUAAUGUAGGUUUCUUAGUCAUUUAUUUUUAUUAUAAUUUCUUAAUUAAAAUAUAUCCUGUUCAAACGG